CACAAACCCUAAUCUCUCUCUUCCUCUCUCUCUUUCUCUCUCUAGUUCAUGGUGCUGAUGAAACCAAUCUGGUUUCUGAAUCUGACUUCGUUUUUUUUUUCAAAUGCGCAACGCUACCUUUCUCUACUCUUAUGCUUAGCUCUUCCUAUCUCUAUCUAAUUUCUGAGGAACAAACAGAGCAAAAAAGAGCAUGCAGGGAAGGAAUUAAUUAAUUUGCGUACCUCAAACUGUUUGAAAUCCGAGCUCUGUUUUGAGAUCUCUCUGCUGUUUGUUCAUCUCUGUUGUGGUUGAGGUUUUGAAAUUCAUGGAUAUGCGAGAGCAGGAGAAGGAAGUAAUGAUGCCUGCUGUUUCUGGCGGUGGAGGCGGAUAUGCGCAUAUUUUUGGGGAAACGUCGUCUGGAGUUGUGGAGAGGAGAAUCGAGUCGGUUCAUAAUGGUUCUCAUCAUCAUAUCCAACCAGAGCAUCUCGACGCUGAUCUUGUUGCUGGAGAGGAUGUGCGCGGCGGCGGAGGCGGCGGCGGUGGAGGUGGCGGCGGAGGCGGCGGCGGUGGAGGUGGCGGUGGAGGUGGCGGUGGUGGAGGUGGAGGUAGAUCCAAGGUGAGAGGAGCGGGGACUGGAGUUAGGUAUCGAGAGUGUUUGAAGAAUCACGCGGCGAGCGUUGGGGGGAAUAUAUACGACGGAUGCGGGGAGUUUAUGCCUAGUGGUGAAGACGGAACCCUAGAGGCUUUGAAAUGUGCCGCCUGUGAAUGUCAUCGAAACUUCCACAGGAAAGAAAUCGACGGCGAGAAUCAAUUAAGUAUCGGUGCUAAUUACAGAAGAGGAUUAAUGUUACCUCAUCUCCAGCUUCCUGCGCCAUUACCGUCUCCUUCCGCUCUCCACGGACACCAUAAAUUCUCCAUGGCGUUGAAUCUCCAUUCCAGUCCUACCGCUCCAAUCAUCGCUCCAAUGAACGUCGCCUACGCCGGUGGUGGCGGAACCGAGUCUUCCAGCGAGGAUUUGAACGUCUUCCAAUCAAAUGCCGAGGUCAUGCCGCCGUCUUCCUACACCUUAUCGAAAAAGCGCUUCCGUACGAAGUUCACACAGGAGCAAAAGGAUCGAAUGCUCGAGUUCGCAGAGAAGAUCGGAUGGAGGAUUCAAAAGCAAGACGAAGAAGAAGUGGAGAGAUUCUGUAGCGAAGUCGGAGUGAAACGGCAAGUCCUCAAAGUCUGGAUGCACAACAACAAGAACACAAUGAAGAAGCAGAACGACAAUAACGAACCAGAACUUGCCGUUGCCGUCGCCGUCGCCGUCGCCGGUGCCGGUUCCGGUGCCGCCGUGAUGAGUGAAUCAUAGGAAGCCAUAGCCAAUGCCUGCUCGAGGAAGAAGGUAAGAAUCACUGAAAUUUUAGGGAAAUAUCAGGUUUAUAUAAUUAGAGGAAUAUUGAGACGAUUUUAUGUCAGAGACCUUUUUGUGAUUCUUAAUCUUAAUUAAUCUUAAUUACUCUUAAUUAAUCUUAA